GGGACCUGGUUCCCGGUGGCGGGGAUUUGCCAGCCGGUAAGGAGCAUGGAGACCCCUGCGGACGCCGCGACCCGUCCCGUGGGCGCGGGGGCGCUUGAAGGCGUGGGGAUCCCGCCGGGCUUGCAGACCGACUGCGAGGCACUGCUCAGCCGCUUCCAAGAGAUGGACAGCGUGCGCUUCGAGGACUUCGCGGAGCUCUGGCGCAGGAUGAAGUUCGCGACCAUCUUCUGUGGCAAGAUGAGGAACCUGAAAAAGAACCUGUUUACAAAAGAGGCUUUAGCUCUGGCCUGGCGCUACUUUUUGCCUCCAUACACCUUCCAGAUCAGAGUUGGUGCUUUGUAUCUUCUGUACGGGUUGUACAACACGCAGCUGUGUCAGCCAAAACAAAAGAUCAGAGUUGCCCUGCAGGACUGGGAUGACGUUAUUAGAUUUCAGCAAGACUUGAUAAACGCGCAGCAUUUCGAUGCAGCUUUUGUUUUCAGGAAGCUUCGGCUAGACAGAGCCUUCCACUUCACAGCAAUGCCCAAGCUGCUUUCAUGUAGAAUGAAGAAAAAAAUUCAGAAAACUGAAGUGACGCAAAAAUUUAAGGACCCAAAUGAUCGUGUAAUGAAACUUAUCACUUCUGAUGUAUUAGAGGAAAUGCUGAAUGUUCACGAUCAUUAUCAAAAUAUGAAGCAUGCUAUUUCAGCUGAUAAGACCAUGCCAGACAAAGCUCUCAGCCUGGUAAAGGAGGAUUUUUUUGACAACAUUAAGAACAUAGUUUUGGAGCAUCAACAAUGGCACAAAGACAGGAAGAAUCCGUCCUUAAAACCUAAACUUAAAGAUGGAGAAGAAGAAAGUGAAGGUACUUCACAGGAGCCAGAGAGAUGUGAAAGAGCAGAGUCUUUAGCAAAAAUAAAAGCAAAAGCCUUUUCUGCUGUUGCUCAGGUGUCCAAGUCCAGGAGGCAUCGCCAAGCCAAGCUUGACUCCUCUGACUCUGAUUCUGGGUCUGGACAAGGGCAAGGCAAAGCAGCUAAGAAGAAAAGAACCAGAGAAACAGCCCAACCAGCAGGAAAGAAGAGGCCUUCCAAAAGCAGAGGUAAUAUUCAGAAUGACCAGAAGGAAGAGGAGUCUUUACGCCUGAGUAUGCCCAUAAUUGCGGAAGAGGCAGAGGAGACUGACGACUUCAGCGAAGCAGAGUUCACCGCUCCCAAAAAGAAAAGAAAGCGCUGACCAGGAGCCUGGCAGAGUGUAGCUUCUGAGCUUCCUGACAGAAGAACAGGUUUGAUUUCGUUGUGAGCAGGAGGCUGGCCAGUGAGGACUGACGUCUGAGAACGAGGUCAUUUCUGUGAGAUGGGAGAGCCCAGUGUCGGUCAAGAGCUGGAGUAGGCGCUGACUCUGAAGCUCUGUAACAUCUCUGUUCAGCGUCUGUGUGGAUGGAGAUAAAGUCUGCAUUCAGGCUGUGACAGAAAGCUGUGCGCUGUGUGCUAGCUCCCGAAAGUUCUGUGGCUGCACCUUCAUGCGCUGUAAUGUUUACUACUCUAGUUUUCAGUUUCUUAAAAUGCUAUUUAUAUAUAAGUGACUCGUACCUGUCAUCUAAUAAUGCUCUGGGCUGUGGUUUUUGUUUAAUAGUUUAUAUGUUAUGAUUAAGUGCAAUAAAAGUUUUUC